AUGGGAGACGCAAGCGGAACCCAGAGCACUGUCUCUGCACAGGAUGCCCCGCAAAAGCAAAUCAUUUUGAACGCUUUCGACAUGUGUACUGUCGGACAUCUAUCUCCUGGGCAGUGGAAGAAUCCGAAAGAUAGAUCAGCCACCAAGAGGAAACUUGAUUACUGGAUUGACCUGGCGAAGCUGUUGGAGCGUGGAGGCAUCAACUGUCUCUUCCUUGCAGAUACUUAUGGAGGAGUCGACACGUAUGAGAACUCACUGGACAAUACCAUCAGGAGAGCUGCACAAUGGCCCAUGACGGAUCCGACAAUCCCCAUCUCAGCAAUGGCGGCGGUCACAAAGAACCUCGGGUUUGGCAUCACCGCGUCCACAUCGUUUGAGCCUCCUUUUCUGCUGGCCAAACGAUUUUCCACCUUGGAUCAUUUGACCAAUGGUCGGAUAGGUUGGAACAUUGUGACUUCAUGGAAGAAGUCGGCGUUCAAAGCCAUUGGAAUCGACAAUCCCAUUGAUCACGACGAGCGGUAUCUCCAAGCCGACGAAUACCUCAGGGUUUUGUACAAGCUGUGGGAAGGCUCAUGGGCCGACGACGCCGUUAACCCGGAUCCGGAAAACGACUCGUACAUCGACCCGGACAAAGUACGGACGAUUCACCACCACGGCAAGUAUUUUAAUCUGGACACAAGACAUAUCGUCGACCCGUCUCCUCAACGAACGCCGUUCCUCUUCCAGGCAGGCACGUCAGCAGCAGGAUCCGAGUUUGCAGCGACGCACGCCGAGGCCAUCUUCGUGUCGUCACACUCGCCGACAGUGCUGAGACCGAAGAUCGACAAGAUCCGCCAGCUGGCGGCCGAGAAGGGUCGGGAUCCCAAAUCGCUCAAGUUCUUCGCCACGUUCACGCCUAUAGUGGGCCGAACGGACGAAGAAGGGCGACAGAAGUACGAAGAGCUGAAGAAAUACGCCUCGACCAUCGGCGGCCUGGUCUUGUUCAGCGGCUGGACGGGCAUCGACAUCUCCAAGAUCCCGCUCGACCAGGAGAUCUCGGCGGCGGACUCGGCCGAAGCGAACAGAAUCACCAGUCUGCUCGACAUCUUCACCACCACGAGCGCGGAUAUUCCGAAAUGGACGCCGCGCAUCGUGGCCGAAAAGGCCGCCUUCGGGGGUCUGGGUCCUGUCGGGAUCGGGAGUCCCCAGACCGUGGCGGACGAAAUGGAACGGUGGAUCCGUGAGGCCGACCUGGACGGUUUCAAUCUGUCAUAUGUCACCACUCCGGGAGGCUUUGAGGAUGUCGUGGACUUGUUGAUCCCGGAAUUACGCAAGCGCGGAUUAUACCCCCAGGCACCGGAGGAAGGCUUGACUGCUAGAGAGAAGGUGUAUGGGAAAGGACAGUCCAAGCUGAGAGACGACCACAUCGGCAGCACCUACAAAUAUGAUGUGUACAAGGAGGAAGAGUCGCCUGAGGCGGCCAAAGCUGAGGAAGAGCAGAAAGCGUGA